UUAAAACUUACAGCCGAGCCACAGUUGAGCUAACCUCUCGUCUUACUUGUUCUCAUCUAAACAUUUAAAUUCAACACAGUCACCAGAGUUGUCCACAGAGCUCCACGGACACACUCAGGUACCGACCAACACAUCACAGGGUUCUCAUCAUGGCUGACUACUGCAGAACUGAGGUCGAUGCGAGGAUUGCAUUUCAGUCCUGUAAAAGUCCUGAUGCAAAAGACCGAAUGCAGUUCUACGACAGCUGGGCAGAAAACUAUGAAAAGGAUCACAGCCUGAUGAGCUACAGAGCACCACACCUUGCAGUAGAAUUCCUGUCUGAUAACUUCUCCGGGAAUCCAGAAGAAGCUUGGGUUCUGGACGUCGCCUGUGGGUCUGGAUGGGUCGCUAAACUGAUGGUUAAACUGGGCUUCAGGAAUUUUGUGGGAGUGGACGGCAGUAAAGGCAUGCUGGAACAAGCUGCUAAAACCAACUUCUAUCAGGACCUUAAAUUGGCCUUACUGGGAACAGAACCACUGCCUGCACAGACUUGUAUGUUUGAUGUGGUGAUCAUCGUCGGUGCUCUGGAUGUUGGUUUUGCACCAGUCAGUGUUGUCAGGGAGCUCUGUGCCGCCGCCAAACCAGGAGGUUUUGUCUGCAUGGCGAGAGGCGACCACAGAGGAACACCAGCAAAUGAUUACAAGAAGGAUCUGGAGAGAGAGCUGCAGCUGAUGGAGGAGGAGGGACUGUGGAGUCCAGUAGGACUCAAACUGUCCGAAAAAUACAUGGAAGACCCACAUCUGAACAUUAACGGAGUCAAUGACCUGCAGAAGGAGGAGCGAUACCUCAGCGGGAGUGUUUAUCUGUACAAGAAAUCCAUCCAUUAAAAUCUAUUAAUAAUCAUACUUGCGUUACAUUCAACAUUCAACAGAAAAUAAAGGAAAAUUGACUCACAUACAAUGUGAAUUAUACAUGAUGCAAUACAAUCCAAUGCAACUUAUGUCAAUUUAAAACCUUUCUCAACAAAUAUUAAACAUUUUGUUUAAGUUUU